AUGGGCGGCGGCAGUUCACGGAUUCCGGAGCAUGAGCUCGAGCAGCUGAGCAUCGAGAGCGGACGUGAGCCUCCUUUCCUUUCCUAUGUCCCGACUCGCUCCGGUUUACGCCUUGUUCAGAUUGGAGGAUCACAUGGAGUUUGACCCCUGGAAAUCGGAAUUUAAUCGAAAAAUGGGUCCUGACACGAAAAGAAAAUAGAGAGUGUCUAGUUGGUGGAGGGUCCGGACAGGCCAUGAUGGCCGUGAAUAGACUUUAGAAAAAAAGCUUGGAGAAAUUAAGUUUUCGAUGAAUUUUGAAAUCGAGAAAAAUGAAAACGAGCGAUUUAUGUAGUGAAAUUGUACAUGGAAAGAACGAGGAUCAAAAAAAAAAUUUCUUUUCCCAUUUUUUCUGACUUUUUCAAAUGAAUCCAAAUAAUAUUUGACCCUAAAAAUCAAAUAUUUAUGUAAAAAAGUCUAAAAAUCAUAUAGAAAAGUUCAAUACCACAAAAAAAAGGGAAAAGAGCGAUCCAUGUAGAGAAAAUGUACGUGGAAAAUCUUGAAACUUAAUAUUUUUUUCAUAUUUUUUUCGAGUGAUUUCCGUAAAAAAAUUUUUAUAUUCAACAGGAAAAAUUCGACAAAAUCGUGUUCAAGCAAAGAAUUUGUACAUGGAGAAAACCAGAAUUCGAAAAAAAAAGUAUUUUUCGAAAUUUACGAAUGGAUUUGCUCUGAAUGAAUCUACAUAGAAAUUGACCCAAAAACGAAUUUUUUUAAGAAGAAAAUUUUUGGAAAAAAAUGGAGAAAAUGUGGAGUUUAAUUUGCCAGUAGGAUGACUGAGGAAAUUUUAAAUAAGUUUGAAAAAAAUUAAUAUAAUAGGAAAAAAUGGAAAAGAGCGAUUUUUGUAGAGAAAUUGUACAUGGAAAAGACACAAAAUGAUAUUAAAAAAAUGAUUUUUUUCGAAAAUUUUGAUGUUUCUAUACGAAAAAAAUCGACAAUUCUUGUAGAGAAAAUGUGCAUGAAAAAAAUUCGAGAUCUAAAAAAAAAUUUUUUUAGUAAUUUUUGGUAGGAUUCAAAUGCAAAUGAAUUUUAUAGAAAGUAAAAAGAAGUUUAGAAAAUUCCCAAUUUUUUUCGACGAUACGUAAAAAAAUUCGAACCUUAUCGAAAAAAAGCUAGAGGUAAAAUAGACAAAUUUUUAAAUGAGAAGUAGAAAAAAAGGGAAUUAUCCAAUAAGUGUGAAGAAACAAAAGUAAAAGGAAUACGGGACGAAGAAAAAUCGAAAAGAGAAAAAAAGUCGUGGGAAUUUCCCACGCAUUUCUGCAAGAAAUGUAGCCCUAGGCGCUAAUUUUUGAUGUCAGAAGAGGAGACUUUUGAACUUUUUCGGGGCAAAAAUAAGGCAGAUCUUCGAGUUUUCAAUGUGAAAUAGAAGCUGAUUUUUGCUCGAAAAAUCAUAAAAAUAUGAAAAAUGACCCCGAAAUCACAAUUUAAAUGCAAAGACUUUAAUUGAAAACGAAGCGAUCGCAUUUUAAAGGCUUCUGACAGCUUAUUUAACAAGUUUCGAAGUUGGAAUUGAAAACGUUGGCCCGAAAAGAAAGUUUUCUAUUGGAAAUUCAUAAAAGAAAUGGAAAAAUCGACUUGAAAAAAAAAGUGUCCGCACUUUAAAAACCUCCUUUUUUCCGUAGGCGUUUUCCCAUGUUUAUGUUUGACAGAAUUGUUUAUUUCUUCUUUGAAACAUUCAUUUUGCGGAAACUAGAUAUUUCAACUUGACGUGUUGGACAUUAGAAAGUAAGAGCUUCAAUGUCGCUUUUAAUUGGAAAAAUGCUUCAUUUUGAAUGAUUUUUACUCAUUUUUAGCUUUGAAACCUCACAAAAAAACAUUUAAAAAGCUUCAGGAAGUAAAAAAAAAAGAGACAUGGCCACGAAAAAGCUGGAAAAUAAUGGUUUGAAAGGUAGAAAUCUGUAAUUUUUGACUGGUCGGGGAGCUCGAAAACCUUUGAAGCAAUUUUUACUAGGAAAAUUUCAAGUGGCCACUAUAGAGGCUCCCCAAGGACUACUUGGAGAGGACACUAUAGUGGUCACUUCAGUAGUUUUUCAUCCAGUAUUCCUUCCAGUAACUCUGGCAACUUUAAAAAAAAACAGAUUGGACCAGUUAUGUUGAUCCAUUGACCCCUAAAGUGGCCACUAAAAUUUUUAGUGGUCUAGUAGUAGCCCUUAGAUCUCUAUAGUGGCCACUAAUUUUUAACCCCUUAAGAGGUCACUAAUUUGACUACUAUAGUGGCCACUAAAACGUCAAAACCCUUUAGGGGCCACUUAAAAUUUUCGCAGCGCGCUGUAGCGCAACAAAUUGUGGGCUUGUCUAAGGUUCAAAGGGUCGCAAGUUCGAUCCCCGCCGCGGCGUUUUUCUUUUGCUGUUUCUCAAAGCUGAUGAAUCUAUGAAAUGAAAAUGAAACGAAAUCCAGAUAAAGCCCCUCCAUUUUGUCUUUAAAUAACGAGCAUUUCAGUGUCCCGGAAGGGAAUCAUGACCCUCUACAACCGAUUCAUCUCCCUGGCGACCCAUCGCGACAAGACCACCAACGAAUAUUUCCUGACCAAGGGCGACUUUCAAUCGAUCGUCGAACUCAAACAGAACCCCCUCGGCGACCGCAUCAUCGACGCCUUCUUCGCCGACGCCGAGUUAGUUUUAGUGGUCCCUGGAGGGACUUCUUAGAAUGAAAACAUGAUAAAUGUCAGAGUGGGGCCUUGGUAACGCAAGGCGGACGCGCUCCGGACGGCUCGGACCAUUUCUAGUGACAACUUUAGUGACGCCAUCCCUCUUAAGUGAUCCCUAGAAUCGCUCAGAAGGUUUCGGAGUGACUCUGUUAGUUUAAAUGAUCACUUGGGAGCUGGAAGAGUUAAUAAGUGGUCCCUAGAGGGGCUUCUUAGAAUAAAAAAAAGGAAAUGGCUGGACUCUGGACGGCUCGGACCAUUUCUAGUGACCACUUUAGUAUCGUCAUCCCUCUUAAGUGGUCCCUAGAAUCGCUUAUAAGCUUCCGGAGCGACUCUGUUAGUUUAAAUGGCCACUUAGGAGCUGGAAAAGUUAAUAAGUGGUCCCUAGAGGGGCUUCUUAGAAUGAAAACAGGGGCUCAGGACCAUUUCUAGUGACCACUUUAGUGUUAUCAGCACCCUUAAAUGAUCCCUAGAAUCGCUCAGAAGCUUUCGGAGCGACGCUGUUAGUUUAAAUGAUCACUUAUGAGCUGGAAGAGUUAGUAAGUGGUCCCUAGAGGUAUUUUAAGCAGAACAGUGUUCAAAAAUGAGAAGAAAGCUUCGAAAAGGGCUCUAUUAGUUAAAAUGGGCCCUUGGAAGCUUCAAGAGCUGUUUAGUGGCCCCUAAAGGGGUCUUAAAUAUUGGAAGUAGUGAAAAAUGAAGCUUUUAGGUCUAGUGAUCCCUGGAGUGAUUUGAAAAAAAAAACCGAAUGAAGAAGUAGGAAAAAGAAGUUAUCAGUAGGAUUGGUCACUUGGAAGCUUCAAUAGAUUUUGAGUGGCCCCUAGAGGGAUUUAAAAAAUGACAAUGUAUAAAAGUACGAUUUGGAGAGAUAGCUGUCUGUAGGAGUGACCACUUAAGGGCUGGAAUAGAUCCUUAGUGACCUCUUAAGUGAUUGAAUUCAGGCACUAGUUUUAGUGAGUCGAUUAAUUUGAGAAAAAAAAGUGAAAAAUUGGAUAAAGUGCUUCUUUUUGAAAUUCUAGUGGUCCCUGGAGGGAUUUUUCUUUUAACAUGAGAAAAUCAAAUGAAAAAGCUUCGAAACUGAGGCUGGGAGUAGGAUAGGUGCUUGGAUAGGUUUCUAGUGGUCCCUAGAGGGAUUUAAUUGAAAAAAAAAGAGUUUUAGAAAUUUUGCUUUCAGUUCAAGUGGUCCUUAAGCGAUUUUUUUGCCAAAAUUAAUUGAAGCAUGGAAAAAGGUCCUUCCUUCCUUUAGAGCUUGAGCUGAUAAUUUAAGGGAUCACUUAAAGACUUUAAUAAAUGUUUAGUGGGCCCUUGAGUGAUUUCAUUGCAGCAAUAGAUGCAUGGCUUUACGAAAACCUCUUCGAAUAACUAUAAAAACUUUUAAAUCAUAACUUUGGUGUUUGAAAAAGGUAAGUUAUCUAGGGGUGACCUUCUAAGGGAUCAUUUUAGGGCCUAGAGAUGUCUUGAGUGGUUUUCUGUGAGAUACGAAAAGUCAAAAGAAGAGCCUACAGGGAAUAGUGGUCACUCCAGGGACAGAGAUAUAUGAAAAGUAAGAAAAAGCAUCCGUUUGGUGCAAAAUAACCGCUGAAAGUGGAGAAAGCUGGGUUUUUCUCCUUUUCGAGAAGAAGAAACGCGAGACUCGUCAACACGUUUAAUUGAUAGUCACGCCAAUCUUGCCCUUAUUAUUAUUUCGUUUUUCUUGAAACGAAUCUUUGACCAUUGACACUUUGAGGAUUUUACUGUUGCGAGUUUGAUGUGUAAUUGCGAAUUAUUACUUAAUUAUUAGUCAGUUUACAGGUGUGGUUUUUAGUGGACACUUUAGUGGUCGAAUGAGUGGCCUCUUUGGAAGUCUAAGAGGUACUACUAGGCAAUUCAAACCACUAUAGUGAGCUCUAAGUCAAAAAUUAGAGGCCUCUCUAGAGGUUGUUCGAGGGGACACUUUAGGGUUUCCACGUGUCAGUGCCCACUAUAGUGGUCGAAUUGGUAAUCACUUAAGUGACAAAAAAUGAGUGACCUCUUUAGAAGUCUAAGAGGCUAUUAGGCAUCUCAAACCACUAUAGUGGUCACUAAGACACAAAAUAGGGGCUUCUCUAGAGGUGGUUUUAGGGGUAACUUUAGGGUUUUAAAGUUCCAGUGCCCACUAUAGCGGUUGAAUCAGUGGCCUCUUCAGAAGUCUGUAAAUUACUACUAGACAACUCAAACUACUAUAGUGGUCACUAAGACACAAAUUAGUGGCGUCUACAGGGCUACAGGGUUUUUUUAGUGGAUACUUUAGGGUUUCAACGUUUCAGUGCUCAGUAUAGUGGUCGAAUUAGUGACCUCUUUAGAAGUCUAAAAGGUGCUUAAACUACUAUAGUGGUCACUAAGACACAAAAUAGUGGCUUAUACACGUAUGUGACCUCUUUAGUGUCCUCUCCAAGUAGUCCUUAAGGAACCCCUUGAAUUUUCUAAAGUUUACUAAGUUUCAAUACUGCACUUGGAAGCUGCAGAGUGGUCCCUGUAGGGGCCUUGGAAGGCACCCCCUUUAGGGACCACUCAAUUUAGCCCUAUAGGGGCCACUAAAGCGUGAAAAAGGAGCUUUUGAACUUUGAAGAAGCAUUUUCUCAAUAAAUUCGCAUUUUCGAAUGAAAAAUAUAAAAAAGAGAAUCAAAACCUCUAUGGGGACCACUCUGUGGCUCUUCAUUUAAGGGGGUUUUAAGGGAUCAUUCAAGGGAUCAUUUGAGGGAUCAGAGGCCACUUAAGCGGUCAUUUCCAGAAAGAAUGUACGAAAAAUAAAAUUUUAAACAUUAUUUAUAAUUCCAACUCUAACCAAAGCUUGAAAUGAGAAAAAGAAAAAUUUCGAAAAUUGACGAUUGAGGCUUUUUAAUAGACGGUUUUGUAGUAAGAAAAAAGAAAUGUAAAUUUCGAUCCAAUUCGGAUCCCGAAAUUCGCCUCAGAAACAGAGGAAAAUUGGCGGCUGCCGCAGCAAAAUGGCCAAUUUCCUUCGCCUUUUUUCCCCCGUUUGAAUUGGAUCUUUAAAGUGCGGACACUUUGUUUUGAGACCAGAAAAAGUUAUUGGGAAGGUUUUGAAAUCCGAUAUUUUCUGAAAUUUUUUCGUCGAAAAAAUUUUUUCCAAUGAUUUUCAGGACAUGUAGAACUGAUCUAUGACUUAACAAGGUCAACAUCUUUCCAUUUGGCGUAAACCGUUUUUGGGUCGGGCGCAUCUGAAUUUUGAAAAAAAUCUUGUGAUUUUUCGUCAUUUUUUUCCGGUUUUUCUAGGUAUACUAAAAAAAUUAAAUUUUUUUGAAAAAAAUGAUUUUAUUUUUGCUUUUUUUAUUUUAUCUUACAUUUCAAAAAAAUGCUUCGAAAAUUUACGAGUUAAAAUAAUGAUUUUUAAAAAAACUUUUUUUAAUUAUUCAUGCGCCCGACCUGAAGCGACUAACGCUUUGGUUUAAAAAUAUUUUUUUCACACCGCAAAUCCCCAAAGAAUGGAAGUUUUGUUAAAAUUAAGAUGCGCCCGACCGGAAGCGGCUUACGCCAAAUACUAGAGGGGGAUGCUUUUUUCCUCUAAAUUUUUCUGGAAGCUUUAGGGAGAGUCUUCCUGUUCCGCAGUAGCUUAUCACAUUAAAAAAAUUCCUAUUUUAAUAUUUUUUUGAAUCAAAAAAAGCAACCAGAAAACGUGGAAAAAAAUCGAAAAUCAAACAAAAAAGGAAAAGGAGAAGCCGUCCCACUGCAAUUUGCCCUUUUAUGGGCAAUCUGCAGCGCUUCUUCUCUUUUUUCUAUUAUUUGAACGAAGAAAAGAAGGAAUUUUGUAUCUUUUGGACAAGGAGAAGAGAAAAAAAUUUUUGGAAUUUUUGAAGAAGAUUAUGACUGAAAAGAUUAAAAAAAUCGAAUUUUUUUCAACUCAGGAUGAUUUUUAUGAUACCAAAAAUUUGUAUUUUUUUCGAAAAUACCUCCAAAAAAAUAGUGAUGGGGGUUGGAAAAUCAACGGAAAAUCUAGUGAAAAAAAUAACAAUUUUUAUUGAAAUUUUGAAAAAUAUUUUUUUGAAGCUUUUUCGGUCAAAAUUAAGGACAAAAAAUUAUAAACAAAAAAAAUUACGAUAAUAACGAAAAAAAUAUUUAUAAGGCUUGGAAGUUCAUAAAAUAGAGCGAUUUUUCAGGAGACUUUAUACAGAUUUUCUCAAUUUUUUUGCUUCAUUCCUAUUUUUUUCAAUUUUUUUCUCUUGAUUUACAUCAAUUCUAAAACAUUAAAAAGUUUCCAUUAAAAACCUCUAAAAAAUUCCUAUAAUCUUCCAAAAAAAGAUAAGUUAUUUUGACGGCUCUCGGAAUAUAUAGAAAAAAAGAAAUGGGCAAGAAAAUGCAAAUUGAAUGUUUUUUUCCACAGAGCCACUGGGCGGCUUAACGUAUUUUUUUCUGAUAAAAAAAUAUUGGAAAGCCCAGAUUUUUUUGGUCAGUUUUUUUCGAGGAAUUGGAGGAAUUUUUGGAAUUUUGUAGUUUUUGGCGUUUUUUUGUCGAGUUUAGGAGCUGAAAUUUGUGUAAGAAGAUUAUUUAAAAAAAUUAUUAAGACUUGAGAAUUUUUUUCGAAACAUCAUUUCCAAUGAGAAAACUCACUGAAAAUUUAAAAAUGAGUCAUAUUUUUUUGAAAAAAAUGACGGAGUUUUUUUCCAAAAAAAUAUUAUUUUUUUAAUGCUUUUUUUGCAUUUUUCUUGUUUAUUUUCUUAAAUUUGAUUCAUUUUUUUCAAUUUUUUUCACAGUAUAAUAAAAUAUAUUAUAAAUAAGAAAAAUAAGCGAUUUUUCAAAAAAAUAAAAGACGUUAUCAAUGGAGCGCACAUAAUCUGAUUUUUCGGCUUAUUUAUCGAAGAUUUUUUUAAUUUUUUUAUCGUUUUUUUCCAAAUUAAAUUAAGAACAGGAAAAAAAUCAAAAAUUGUCGUUUUACAUUCAUAAAAAGUCUUGAAAGUUUCGCAAAAUAUUAUUUUUUUCUGAAAAAUUUUUUUCAAUUUUUUUCUUUUUCGAAUUUUUUUGAGAAUUCUAGCUUAAUUUUUGAUCUUCAACUUCACUAAAAUCGACUUUUUUUGAUUUUUCUUGUUGGAUAAUCACAAGGGAAAAAAAACAUAUAUCAAAGAAAUUUGGAUUGAAAAAAAUCAGAAAAAAAUCAAUUUUUCUUAAGAGGAUUUUUCAGCCUUCCGGAUAAAUUUUUCCCUAGAAAAGAUCAACUUUUUCCCUUAUUCAAUCAAAAAAACCACAUGUAGUAUCUAAAAAAAUUUUUGUUCAUUUUUCAAAAAAAGUUAUGAAAUUUCCAAGAAAAAAAACGGCGGAAAAAUUGUAGGCGAAAGGCAGAUUUGUCCGUCCGUCCCGGGAGCUUCUGUGAGUGGCGACAUUUCCGCUCCCCCUUUUUUUUUGUCUAUUUUCCACUCGAUUCUCUUUAUUUCCCAGUCAGUUUUCUUCGCAACGAAUGCUAAUAUGUUAAUAAUAAUGGCCAAUUUUUAAGCAAUUGGAAAACAAAAAAAAAUUGGAAAUUUAACUCACUUUCCGGUUUCAGCUGGAUUAUGAAGAUUUUAACAAAUUUUUUGAUAUGAUUAUUUCAUCUUCUGGGUUUGAAUAAUUGGACGAAUGGUAUCUCGGAAAAUUGUAGUGGCCUCUUUAGGGUUUUGACGUCUUAGUGGUCACUUAAGUGACUCAAAUUUGGCGGCUCAUUUUAGGGGUCUUAGUGGACCAAAACAAAACUACUAUAGUGGCCACUUAGACGCCCACAAUGACUACUAUAAAAAACUACUAUAGUGGUCACUUAGACACUCAAUAGCGGGUCCUAUAGAGGUGGUUUUAGUGGCCAUUUUAGUGCUCUUACCAAAUAAUCCUUGAGGAGCUUCUUAAGUGGUUCCUAGAAUUUUUCCCUAUCCCAUUUUCAAGCUUUUUUUGAACCAAAAAUCGAACUUCUGUGUAGAAAAAAUUUCAAAAAAGCAUCUGAGAAAAAGAAAACUCAAAAAUUUCUUAUCUUACACUGAAUUAACUCGAAAUAGAAUAAAAAAUAACAAAAUCCAGAUAAAAAAGAAUAAAAAUGGGUUCACUGGAGCGAAUAAUCAACCUUACACUUGGCCGCAUCUUCAAUUCUUUUUUUCAAUUAUCCAAAACGAGGCUGGAAAGAGGCUAAGUGACCGCUUAAGCGGCUUCUGAUCCCUUGAGUGAUCCCUCAGGAAGCUUUGAGUGACUUGAUUCUGUUUUUAUGUAGAUGUUUUCAACGUGGAAGUUAUCUGUUUCAUAAAAAAAAAACGAAAAAGUUCUUUAAAAAUUCGAUAUUCAAUGGAAACCUUGAGUGGCCGCUUAAGGGGCUUCUUAGGAGUUUUUUCUGUUUUUUUUUAAAAAGACUGAAAGCGACAAGAAAACGCCUUGAAACCAUUUAAAUUUCGAAAAAGAGCUUGUGAGGAUCAAGUGAUUGCCUAAGUGGUCGCUUAAGGGACUUCUCCUAGUUUCUUUCAGAUUUCUUACGAGCUCGUAGGAGUUGAGCAAUCACUUGAGUGGCCGCUUAAGUGGCUUUUCAAGGUCUCUUCCUUGUUUUUGAGAAGCUUCAGACAUGAGAUUCAAUUUCAAAAAAAUAAUAAAAUGAAAAAUUGUGAGAGUUUAGCACCAAAUGCUUACAAAGAUCAAGUGAUCGCUUAAGUGGCCCCUUAAGUGGCUCCUUUUCAGAUUUAUCAAGGUAGGAAAUGCAAUAAACAGGUAGAAACCCAGAAGCCUUUCAAAUUUACGAGAAAAAAAGCUUGUUAGGAUUAAGUAAUCGUUUAAGUGGCCGCUUAAGUGGCUUCUUAUAACCCCCACCUGGUUUUCGAGAAGCUUCAGACAUGAGAUUCAAUAAAAGAAAAUAAUAAAAAAACGGAAAAAUAUUGAGAAGUUCGCACAAAACGCUUGUAAAGAUCAAGUGGUUGCUUAAGUGGCUUCUUUUCAGGUUUGUCAAGGUAAGAGAUGCAAUAAAAAAGUAGAAGCUGUGAAUUUUUGUAUAUUUCUUCACUUUCAGGGGUCAAGUGAUUGUUUAAGUUGCCGCUUAAGUGGUUUCUAAUUGUUCAUCUAGAAUCUCGAAAUGAGAUAUGUGAUAGCCGAGUAGAAGCCUUGAAAUUUCGCACAAAAAAGGUAAGGAUCAAGUGAUUGCUUGAGUGACCCCUUAAGUGACUUCCUGGUUUUUUAAGAAGCUUGAUGUAAAUAGAAGCAAAAAUCUUAUGAACUUUUGCCCAAAAAGGCUCGCAGGAAUCGAAAAAGCGAUUGAGUGGACACUAUAGUGACUUGUAUAACUAUUUUUUACAGAUUUAUCAAGAAGCCAAAGAUGGGUGAGGCAUUGAACAAGUAGAAACUUUGGAACUUUGUAAACUCUUGCACGAAAAGAAAAAUAACAAAAGGUGCAGUCGAAGUAGUGAUUUACAACCGCCGAGAGCCCGAAGAAAAAGGCGUCAGCUGCCGUGUUUGCGCUUCUUUUCCUCCCCUGCUUUCCCGUCUUUUAUUCCUUCCCCCAAAUGAGAAAAAUCCCAAAACCGCAAUCCAUUCAAUAAAAUUCAUCUUUUUUGCUUCCAUGAUGAGCUGAAAAUUGAAUUUUUGAUUUUUGAAAGGGGAAAAGUCAAUUUUUUUUUUAUUCAUAGUGAUUUAAUCUACAUUGAAUGGUUUGUGAAAUGAUUUCAAAUGAAAAUAAUUUGAAAGCGCUAGUCGAAAUUUUGAACUUAUCCAAGACAAAUCUGAAAAAAAAUUUACGGCUUGUAACUCAAAUAAAUAAUUAAAAAAAUUACAUAAAUAAAAUUUUUUUGAUCGAUUUGCCAUUUUUUUAAAGUAUAGUGUUUGCACCUGGAAUGACUAAAAUUGUCGCGCGCCCGACCUGAAACGACUUGCGCGGCUUGGCAUCGAAUAACGUUGACGCGAGCCCCGCAAAGACGAACCGCAACGCGACCGCGACGCUUUGAGCCAUUCCCUGUGCGACCCCGCAGUGGAAGUUUCCAAUCAGUGUCUUACAGUACCUACAUAGAAUCAUCGGAAAGUUAAAAAAAGUGGGAAUUUUUCUUAAAAGACCAAAAAAGGCCAGCAAAGUGUUCUGGAAAGUGAGUUUCGACGAAAAAAUUAAUUUUUCUUCAAAUUUUCAAAAUCUCCUAAAAAAAGAUCUAUUUUCAAUGCUCAAAAUAUCAAGCCAAAAUAGACCUAACUUAGAAAAUCCAAAGUUGUCCCUAUAGGGGUUAAGAGGGGAAAACAACCUUUAAAGGGGACAAAAAGUGGUCCCUAUAGGGGUAAAAUUAAGGUGGACCCUAUAGGGGUUUAAGGUCUGACCCGUCAGCCCCUAAAGCUCAAGUGGACCCUAAAGGGGUGAACAGUUUUAAUCCUGAGUCCUUAAAGCUCAAGUGGGCACUAUAGGGGUCUCUCAUAUUAAUUGAAAAACCGCUUUUUUUUCAGUUUUUCUCAUGAAAAUGUUUCUUCUCUUAAAGUUCAUUGGGCCCCUUUUGCAAGCUUUAGUGGCUCCUAUAGGGUUUGAUAAAGUGUUCCCUAGAACGGACCCUCCAAGAGCCCCUAUAGGGACCACUCUGGACUUCCCAAGAACGUUCACCCAUUUUUAUAAGCCAAACCCAAAAAAAUAACAAAAUAACUGGACGAAAAAGGUAAGAGGGGUUGGAUGGAAUGCAUUAUUAAUAUGGGACAUUUUUUUCCCAAAAAACUUUUUCCCCAUUUUUUUCACGCCGCAGUUCAAAAGUUGCUGAAAAUGCAUUCGUGUGACGAAUUUCUUGACGCCUUUUUUUCCCGCCCACUCUUGGAUGGUGGCAAAUUGAGUUUUUAUUGGUUUUUUUUUUUUCUUGGUGCCGAAGGAAAUUAAAGAGGAAACUCGGCGUGGUGGUCUUGAACGCGUUUUUGAUUUUUCGCCGAAAAUUCGGCCAAUUUUUGAGAAAAUUGGGAAAGAUUGGGAGUUUUAGAUACGGUAGUUUGGUUACUGUGGGAUUUUUAAAAUUUGAAACUUUUUUUCUCGAAAUUGGCCUUGAAAAUUAUUGUUUAAAAAGUUCUGAAAAUUUCCAGAAAUUGUUUUGGCUACCGUACCCAAGGUACUGUAAUAAUUUAUUGUGCAGAUUCUCGGGAUUUUUAAUUAAAGUACUAAAAAGGAGGUUAUGGAUCAUUUUCAAUGAAAAAACUCCCCCUAAAAAUUAAAUUUCGUGUGAAUUUAGGUCACUGGAAACUCAAAAUUUUCAAUUUUACAGUCAAAAUAUACAAUAAUCCGAUUACGGUAGCUGAAACUUGCCUAUAUACUUCAAAAAUCGAACCUCAGUGAUCAUAAAGUUUACCUGAUACUAGUAGGAAAAAAAUCUGAAAGCUUGAAAUCCAUCGAAAAAUCAGUAGAAGCACUGAAAUUCUUCAGAAAAUCAUCAAAACCCGAAUUUUUUAAUCAAACAAAAACAGACACACGAAAAAAGGAAAAGACGAAGUAAAUAGACCAGGAUGACAAAGGACGAGCCCCUAAAUAUGAUUUGAGCGUCGAGAAAAAGAAGGAAAGAAAAAAAAAUGCGGAAUGAAAGAAAGGAACGAGAAAAGAAAGGAGAAGACGGAGGCAUUAGGCGGUUGUCCCGCGGGAUUCCUCAAAAGAUUUUCCCCUCCCAACCAAAAUCGCCCCCCGACCAACUCGAGAUUGAACCAUUUGGAGGCGGGAAAUAAAAAAGUGUUCGCAGUUUCGAGGUGGUCGAAGAAGUGGGUUUUUUGAGGAUUUUUCGCAGUUUUGAGUGCAUUUUUGCCUUUAUAGGGACUACUAGAAGCUUGAAAUCCUAUGGGAGUCACUAGAAUCUUGAAACUCUUAAGGGACCACUAAUAAUUGACCUCGGUAGGGACCACUAGAAGCCUAAAAUCCUACGAGAAACGCAACUCUUAAGUGGCCACUGAUUUUUGGCCUCUUCAAGGACCACUAAAAGCCCAAAAUUGUAUAAAGGGCCACUAGAAGCCUGAAACCCUUAAGUGGCCACUGAUUCCUGACCGCUAUAUUGACCACUGAAAGCCUAAAAUGCUAUAGGAAACACUAGAGGCUUGAAACCCUUAAGUGGGCACUGAUUUUCGACCGCUAUAGUGACCACUUGAAGUUGAAACUCUUCAGUCUCAUCACUCUUAAGUGGCUACUUAUUUUCAACCGCUCUUGUGUCCACUUAAAGCCAAAAAUAUUAAGGAGACUCUAGUAGCUUGAAACUCUUAAGUGGCUACUGAUUAUUGACUUCUGUAGGGGCCUCCAGAAGUCUGAAAAGAUAUAGGAGUCACUAAAAGCUCGAAACUCUUAAGUGGCCAUUGAUUUUAGACCUCUUUAGGGGCCACUAAGAGCCUAAAAUCGUAUUGGGGUCACUUGAAGUCUGAAACUCUUAAGGGGUCACGAAUUUUUGACCGCUAUAGUGACCACUAGAAGUACAAAGCCUAUUUUGAUCACUAAAAUAUUAGAUUAUUAUUUUCCGUCUCUAGAGUGACCACUAGGAACUGGGAGCCCAUGAUGUCACUAGAAGCCUAAAACCCUUAAGUGGCCAUUUUGAGCUUGUAGAGGGACAACGUAAGCCCAAACUCUAAAUGACUUAAAAAAUGAAAAAAAGAGUUAAUUUUCCAAGAAAAUUGAGAAGGAUCGCAAUUUUGCAACGGAGAUGAGGGGAAAAAUUUCGAAAAUGCUCGCAGUUUUGAGAAAAUCCGCACUCUUGGGGCUCAUUUUCGUCGCAAUUACAAAUGUGUUCGUGUUUCUGACAGCUUGGAGUAGUUACUGGAUUUUGUCUGGAAAGUACGGAAUAAUCAUGAAAAUCUGGAAUAAGAAAAUUUUUUAGUUUUCAUGGUCCUCUUGAUUAUUUCUGUUUCCAGUAAAUUUUGAAAUAAUGGUAUUUUCUGGCUUCUUAAUGCAGUUUUGUAGUUGAAAAAUCACGAUUUUCAUUUUUAUAAUCUUGAAAAAAGGGUAUAUUAAAAUUUUGUCCUUUAAAGGCAUAGGGGCAGUAAAAAAUGGGGUUUCAGGUGAAAGCAGCAUCUUAUAUAGUUUUUUAUUGCGAAUCGAAUGGUGUACUCAAAAAAAUUACAGAUGUGACAACUUUAGAAGAAAAACGCGAUUUCACUUUCCCGCCUUUAAUUUUGAAAAAAGCUUUGGAUCGGUAUGCAGACAACUGUUUACAGUAGCCGUGCACGAGAUGUUGCGGACGUCUUAUUAGACUCGCAUUUUGUAUGAAAUAACCGGCUAUCUGCUUCAAAUUGAGGGUUUCUUCUCUGAAAAAUUGAUUAAGAAAACCGAAAACACACAGUGAUAAUAAAGAAAACACAAAUAAUCGCUAUCCCAAUCGAAACCUGUGUAAAAUCAUCAUUUUUCACCAGAAAAGCUUUUUUGCGAUCAAAGUUUGCAAAUUAUACAUGAAUCGAAAGCUUUUGUGACGAAAAGAACUUUGGUGACAACAGAAAAAAUUAAAAACCGAAAGAAACGAAGAAAAAAGCGAAAAUCCGGAAGAUGGCGAAGCCUGUUGUCCAUAGAGCAACUUUACUGCAAGGCGCCCUUUUCGCGGGAACCCAAGCUUUCUUUUCUCCGACUUUGAAUUAUUUUUUCUCCAAAACUAGGAAUUUCUGUACGUUUCCAAGUUCACCGUUCGAUUUGCAAUGAAAAGCUCUACAAAAUACAGCUUUGAACUGAAACACCGUUUUUUACUGCCCCUAUGCCUUUAAAAGGCUUUUUUUUGAAUGUUCGUUAUGAUUCCUUGGUUAUUGGGGGAGAAAAUCCAUUUUUUCAAUAGAAGUUAACGAAAAAUAAUUAUCAAUUUUAAAAUUGUAUUGGAAACCUCGACGGAAAUAAUUCAUUUUCCAGAAUUAUUUCAUAAGUUUCCUUGAAAGAUGAAGCAAAAUUUGAAAUUUUCAGGGUCCUGGAACGACGAAAGGUGUACUUCAAGGACUUUGUCAAGGUUCUCAGCCAUUUCCGGCCGAUCAACAAGAACAAACCGCACCCUUGGAAUAGUCGCGAGGCUAAACUUCGGUGUCCGUUUUUUUCUUUUUCUCUUUUUGGGCUCAAAAAAAUGGGGGGGGGGUUCCGGAGCGCCAGAAUGGUCCCCCUGAAAAUACCCCUCUUGGGACCACUUUACGUUCCCCUAAAGAGGCUACUAAAGCUUGCGAAAGUGGCCCCUAUAUGGUAGAGAGCAGGUUAUUAGGAGCGCCAGAGUGGUACCCUUGGGGCCCUUGAAGAUUCCCCUCUAGGGACCACUUUACCUCCCCCUAUAGGGGCUACUAAAGCUUGCCAAAGUGGCCCCUAUAGGAGAUCCUGAUAAUCGUUUAUUGCUAAGAGCUCUAUGAGAAGAAGUGGGUAUUUUUGAAAUCUGGACCAACAAAAAUUUAAAGACCCCUAUAGGGACCACUUGAGCUUCAGGGGCUUAGGAGUCAAACUAUACACCCCUAUAGGGAGCCUUUAAGCUUCAGGGGCUCAUGAGUCAGACCUUACACCCCCUAUAGAGACCACUUGAACUUGAGGGGCUCAUGGGUUAGAUUCUAAACCCCUUCAGGGACCUCUUAAGCUUAAGGGGCUCAGGGAUCAGACCUUACACCCCUAUAGGGACCACUUGAACUUUUUUUCAGUGGGCUCAUGGGUCAGACCUUACACAUAUAUCGAAAUCCAUCUUCAAAUAGAACUCUGCAUAAUUUUCGAAAAGUGGUUAGUUUAAUAACCAAUAAAAAGGUAUUUCCAGUCGCCUUCACCAUGUACGACUUGAACAAGAGCGGCACCAUCACCAAAGGACGAGUUCCGCGACAUUUUUGCAGGUUUGAACUUCGUUUUUCAAAGAAAAAAAGCACACAAUAAUAAUAACGAAACUUUUUAUGAAAUUACUAUAUUUAACGACCUUGUCUUCUUAAUUUCAUGAAACUUUUUUUAACAUCAAAUUUUUUUAAAACAAAACAUUUUUUUCCGUUCAGCUUUACAAAAGUGAAAAAGAUAAAAGUUGCCAGAUGAGUUACUUUAAGCCGCCAAGAUGCCAAGUAAGGCGAGAAAACUGUGCAUAUCGCCAUCUCGUAGUGAUGACAUUUCCGAAUUUCUUUCAUCAUUGAAACUGUGGUUUUCGAACUUUUAGGCAUUAUAACUCGGCUACAAAAUCAGAAGGAGCAAUUUUUCAACUGAUUCGCCAAUAAGUUGUUUCAUUCUUCGAUUCGGAAUCAAGCGGUCCUGAAAAAUCUUUCCCAAGAAAAAUAACAACCGCUGAAACAGGCUAUUUCGAGACUUUGAGCCGUUUUUUUCUUUUCGAAAACUAGAAAGUUGGGAAACUUCCGCAGUCUUGAUAUUUGUUGCCUCAUUUUCAUCAAGAAUUUUCAAUAAGCUGCAGUUUCUCUCAAGGAUGAAUUCAGAUGAUGAUUGGUGAUAACGUGCCGGUGGAUCAGGUCAAUUCGAUCGCCGACCGGACGAUGCGCGAGGCCGACAAGGACGGCGACGGCUUCAUCACUUUCCAGGAGUUUUGCAAUGUAUGACAGGAAAAUAUUAGUUAGAAAAAAGAUAAUUUGUGCAAGUGGGGGUGGGGGGUUCACUUGAGAAAUUUUGAGAAAAUUGGGGAGGGUAUGAGUUUCAACCUUCUUAGGAACUCCAGAGUGGUCCCUUUAGGGGCAGCCCUUGGACGGUCCCUUUUAGGUACCACUUUAUCAACCCCUAUAGGGGCCACUAAAUAUGGCGAAAAGUAGUCCCUAUAGGGGCCCCUUGGAAGGUCCCUUUUAGGAAGUGACCAACCUGUAGGGCCCACUAAAGAUGGCAAAAGUGGUCCAUAUAGGAAGUUUAGUAAGUGGCCCCUAUAGGGGAAAUGUUAGUCGAUUUUUGUUAUGAACUCUAAGCGAAGAAAAACUGAAUAAAUAAGCGUUUUUUGAAAGAAAUUGAAAAGACCCCUAUAGGGUCCACUUGAGCUUUGGGGACUUGAGGUUAAAAUUCUACACCCCUUUAGAGCCCACUUAAAGUUUGGGGACUGAGGCGUCAGACCCUAAAACCCUAUAGCGACCCCUUAAUUUUACUCCAAUAGGGACCAAUUUUUCGGCCCCUAUAGAGGUAUUUUUCCCCCUAACCCCUAUAGGGAUCCUCUGGAAUUCGAUUUCAACGCUUUAAGAAGGUAUUUUAUUAAGUCUGAAUGUAUUUAUUAAAAACAGUGUCAUAAUAAUUCAAACUAUACAGUAAUCAUGAAUUUUCAGGCCAUGGAAAAGACAGACAUCGAACAGAAGAUGUCCUUCCGAUUCCUCACCUAA